AUGCGAGCACUCAGCGACGACAGCCGCCUAGCCCAAGCAGAAGCAGAAAUGCUGAGAUACCAGCUGCAAAUACUAGGCCUCAGCGAAGUGCGUAUGAAUGGUUUCGGUGAUCUAAGAACGCCCAAAAGUUUGACUUUCCUUUACUCUGGCAAGGAAAGUGAGAAGGACACCCUCGAAUAUGGUGUUGGUUUACUGCUCUCUGAUGAUGCUGAUGCUUCUGGACUGGAAACCGAUCUCGAACCGAAUCAUUUGGGCUCGAAUAAACUCAAGAGCCCGGAAGAUCUCUAUCGUGCAGUUCUACGCUUCCACCAACACGUCUGCAGGGGAUUCCAAAGACGACUUCUACCUUCUACAACGCUCUCAAUGCGACCAUAA